UCUGGCAACAUCAAAACUGUAAUGUCAACAUUUUAUUGUCGCAAAAAUUUCAGUCAUUAUUUUCGUAUUAUUAUUACGUGAUAUCAAAUCGUUAAAAAAAUUACAAAAUUGAUCGAAAAAGAGCCUCGUUGCGUGCGGCUACCGUCCACAAGUUCGGUUGUAGUGUCCAAAUUAUCUGUGUUAUCGUGGAAGAAGGUCUGCAUAAAUGAAUUAUGUCGUUAAGGUCCAAAGCCCUGGCGCUGGUAGAGGUCUUGUUGAGGGUGCCGCCGUUAUUUGUGGUGGAUGAGUUCCUAAAGAUCAGCCUAGGACUGCCGGUGGGCAAUGGCGAGGAGGUGUCGGUUCUUAGCAAUGUCACCAUCGACCACGUCGAUAUAUUGGAUGCGGACGCCAGUUACUAUGACGCUAAUUUCUACAACGCCUUCUUCUUCACCCUGCUAAAGUUCCUCGUGUGCUGCUUAGGAUGCCUAUCAGCGCUGUGCAUAUUCGUGUUAUACACGAAGCAUCUCAUCAUCGUGUACCUAUAUCUCAUGUCCGUCGGCAUCGUCUUCGUAUCGUACUGGACCAACGUCUCCGCCAUCAAGCAGAUCCAGGCACUAACCCUCACAGCGAUCACACACCCCUCCCCGAGCAUUCUCGAAGACAUGCUCAAUCUUAACCUCAAAAACCUACUUGACCUUGACGGCCCGGGCAUCUUAGUCAUACAAAACUUCGCAAUCCAAUUCAUACUAGCUCUCCUAUUCAGAAAUAUCCAUCUAGGACCACGACUACCGACAAUACAAAAGUUAUUACCUGUCAGCUUUAUGGCACCUUCGUUUUUAGCCAUGCUCCCAGUACCGCCAAAUUUACUGCACCAUUCGCCUGUAUUCGCAGCAUUAUUGCCACUAUUCCUAGUUAAAUAUGUACUGUGGUCAUCGUCAUACAACGUCAUACAGGUCAUAUAUGCUGGCUAUCAACAAGGAAGACUGUUCGUAAGCAACUAUGGACUGUCAGCACUAGUCGAAAUGGAAUGGAUGAGACUGAACGUGCCAUGCGUUCUAAGAGUUUUUUGGGUAAUGCGCGUGGCUGAACAUGCUAUACUACUUCUUAUGGAUAACUAUGAUGACGAAAAUGAAGAAGGACUAAGAGUUUCCACGCUAUUAGCUGUUCAAUCACUAGCUUCGAUGGCAAAAUCUUUACUUGUUACUGGAUGCGAAACUAUAACAGCAGUUCUUGGAAUGACCUCCGUGAUCUCAUUCUUCUGUCACUACAUUGGCAAUUUCUUCCAAUGGAUCCUAUUGACAGAUGAGGAGGAAGACAAAAGCAUUGGGACCGUGUCUGCAAUUCUCUUCUACAUACUGGCGUUGCAGACUGGAUUGACUUCGCUAAACCCGGAGAAGAGAUUCGUACGACUCUGCAGGAACUUCUGCCUGUUGUUCACUGCGCUGCUGCAUUUCCUCCAUAAUAUAGUUAACCCCAUGUUAAUGUCGCUCAGUGCAUCACAUAACCCAAGUACGCACAGACACGUACGUGCUCUAGGAGUCUGCGCUUUUCUAAUAAUAUUCCCUAUAUCUUUACUAGUCUAUCUUUGGUCUCAACACACAAUAUCGACAUGGCUGCUAGCUGUCAGCGCCUUCAGCAUAGAAGUGAUAGUCAAAGUUAUAGUGAGUCUCAUGAUUUACUCUCUAUUCCUCGUGGACGCUUACAGAAGCACCUUUUGGGAACAACUUGACGACUAUGUAUACUACAUACGAGCCUUUGGCAAUACUAUAGAGUUCUGUUUCGGAAUAUUCUUAUUCUUCAACGGUGCUUGGAUUCUGCUGUUUGAAUCGGGUGGAGCAAUCAGAGCAGUCAUGAUGUGCAUACACGCGUAUUUCAACAUUUGGUGCGAGGCGAGAGCUGGUUGGUCAGUGUUCAUGAAGAGGCGGACUGCAGUCAAUAAAAUAAAUUCUUUGAGAGAAGCUUCUCCCGACCAACUCAGCCAGUUGGACGACGUUUGCGCCAUCUGUUACCAGGAAAUGCAUUCAGCGAAAAUAACCAGAUGCAAUCACUAUUUCCACGGCGUAUGCCUAAGGAAGUGGCUUUAUGUCCAAGACAGGUGUCCAUUAUGUCACGAUAUAUUGUACAAGAUAGAUAGUGACGUCAACAAAGAUAAUUCGGAAGCUGGUAAUGAAGAAAAUAGUAACAACCAAAACCUUAUUUUGGAGGAGGAGCCAGAUCUCUUACUGGGAGAAGGUGUGAGAUGACUGCUCGAUGAAGACCCGUACCACUUACAUUGAAACAUUGUUUGGAAAAGAAUUGGAGUGGUAUUUCCUUUUGUAUAGUAAGUUAUUGUUUUUUUUUAUAAAUCAGGUUUGACUGUGAUUAAAGUGAUUGUUGAAAUUUUGUUUCGUGAGAAUGGUUGGCGUUUGAUGUGUGUCUAAUUUAAGCUUAUAGACUCUUCGACGUUGUCUCAUGACAUUACAAGUUUUGAAUUUAAAAUUCACAAGUGCAUCUAUUGCUAAAACUAUCGGGGCGUUUUGAAUUGUUAUAUGAUUAUAGAGAAAUUUGAAGCUAUUUGUAAAUAGUUAAGGUACAUAUUUAGAAAUAGCUUUUAAUAUUUGGAUGUAACUUAAAGAAAAAAAUAUAUAAAAAUAGUAAUUUUUUUCUCAUAAUAAAUUGUAAAUAAACUAUUAUUUUAGCAGUAAAACAUCUUUUCAUUCCAACAAUAUUUUUUUAUAUAAAAUAAUACUAAUUGUACUUUUAUGCUUAAGUAUUUUAUUGUUAUAGAAAACAGUAAUGGUAUCAACAGUAGUAAAAAUUCCAUAGUACACCUUGUAAAAUAUCUUUAAAAACUUCGUUAAAUACGCUUUCAGUAUAAUAUUUAUUAUAAAAAUUGUAUUGGAUGUCUAGAAUUUAAAACAGGGUAAUUGAUCGUCAUUUACAUAAAUAAAAAUUGAAUGUAUUUCGAUACUUCAUCAAUAAAAAAGAUUAUCGAAGCGUU